AUGGCAUUAUUGGGUAAAACAUUAAAAGGACGAACAACCAAGCCUGGAGGAACUGAGUAGAAGAGAAAUAUCAAAAUAAGACAGAUAACUCGGUCUUAACAGGAAUUUGAGGAGAGCCAAAAGUAGGCCCAAUUUAAAAAAGAGUAACUGCGAAGUAAAAUUAGAGAGGAGCAAAAGAUUGUUAAUUUCAAUACAAAGAAACUAAUGGCUUAUUGGAGAAGGACAAUGAGAGCUGUCAAAACAGAACAAUUGAAACAAGAUAUUGAAUUAUACUCCUAAAACAAUAAAAGAGAAUUAGAUUCAAAAGAAGCUUUCAUUCAAAUGCUUGAUAAGAAUCUAGAUGAAGCAGAAGAUCAAUUUCAAAUUGCUUUAAGGAACCACCUUAUUCAUUUGGAGAACUUCCAUUUAUUACAGGAAAGCAGGAAUAGAGCAUUGUCGGAGGAAUUUGAAAGAGAUAUCAAAAUACUUCAAGAGGAAUUUUAAAUUGAAUUUGAUGAUAUGACUAAGACUCAUAAAUAGCAAGUUAAAGAGUUGGAAGACAUGAUUAAAACAGUCGAGGAGGAAGAGAAGAGAAAGGCAGAGUUGGCUAAGAAUUAACAUUAAACUAAUAGAGAGGAGACUAAGAAUAAGGAUGUAGAAGACACUAGUUAGAUGAAAUAAUAAUUAGAAGAUAAACAAACUAAAUUUUAUAAUGAUUUAGAGUAGAUGCAUUAAAAAUAUCAAUCUGAUACUGCAAAGAAAACAGAAGAUCAUACUAAAUAUUAUGAUGCCAAUAAAGAUAUGUCAAAAAAGAUAGAGAGAUUGGUUAGAUCUAUUGCCAGCAAAAAAGCAAAGAUUGAUCUAACCAAAUAUAAAAUCUUAUAACAUACUAAAGAAUGUAAUGCUAGGAAUUAGGCUCUGAAAAAGGAAAAAGAAAACAUAGCCAAGAAUUACUAAGAUUUAAAAUUGAAAAUGAAUAAAUUUAGAGAGGAAUAGUAAAGAUUAUUGAAAGAAUUAGUAAAUAAUAGUCGAAAUGCUGUUUUGAAAUUAACAGAAUAUAAAGAAUUAGGUGAAAAGAUCCUAAAAACAGCCGAACUUUGUAGGAGAUUGGAAACUGAAAGAGAGAAAGUCAUGCCAUUUUAUGAGGAUACUGUUGAUAUGGAUCAAAUCCCAGAGAAUUUAAAAAAUGACUUUGAAGCCAUAGAAAAGGAAUAAUAUGAAGAAUUUGCUUAUCUAAAUAAUUUCUAUAAGAGAUACAAUAAGGUUUUGUUGGAUAUCUUAGCUAUUCAGAAACAAAAGGAGGCCUUGCAGAAUGAGAGCAAUUAACUAUAAUCAUUACUAAAAUAAUACUUGGAUGGCUUAUCAUGUAACGAUGAUGUGCUAUCUAAUCCUAAUCCAUUAUUUGUUAAGAAUUUUAACAUUGACUUAGGUGAAAAGCAAGUAACUGGAGAUUUGUAGCAAACAAUAAUAGAAGGUGUGUUUAAUGUAAGAAGCACUUAGAUGCAAUUAUAAGGAUAAAGAGUUGGACCAUUUUAAUGA